AUGACGUACACCGCCGAGACCGAGGCGGCCGCCGCGGCCGCGGUGAACCUGCUCCGCGACAACGUCCGGUUGUCCGGAACGACGGGCACCGGCGCCGGUGGCCCGUGGUACUAUCCGCCGACCGUGGUCGACGAGGACGGCCGCCUGUGGGGCAGCUGCGCCGACCACAUGGAACGGGUGCUGGAGAACCGGACGGCCAUCCGACACUACUACCGGUCGCUGCAGCCGGACGCGCCCGCACCUCCCCUGCUGAGCCGCGCCGGUCACGUGGCCGUCAUCGAGGCGUUCGCGGCCGAUCUGCUGGCGUACUACCGGCCGCUGCUGGCCGCUGUCGACCCUCUGCGCAGCGACUUGGGAGCACAGACCGUCGUCCUGCUGGCCGAGGCCAAUGUCCUGUACAACAUCGUGUUGGCCAUGCGCCCGUGA